AUGACUGCCACCGCCAGCGCUGAGAAGAGCUUGGAGUGUGUGAGGAUCGUCCUGAUUGGAAAAACUGGAGUGGGAAAGAGUGCAACCGGAAACACCAUCCUGGGACGUGAUUUGUUUAAGUCUCGGGCCAGAAUGACAUCUGUGACCAGAAUGUGCCAAAAAGAGACUGGAGACAUCUGUGGUCGACCUGUGACUGUGGUGUACACACCAGGACUCUUCGACACGACUCUCAGUAAUGAAGAGAUCCAGCAGGAAAUCAUGAGAUGCAUUGAACUCUCGGCUCCUGGACCGCAUGUGUUUCUGCUGGUCAUCGCUGUCGGCCCGUUCACACAAGAAGAGAGAGAAACCCUUCAGCUCAUCAAGAUGACCUUUGGACAGAAAACAGAGGCCUACACUAUGGUGUUGUUCACACGAGGAGACAAUCUCACAGAUGAAAGCAUUGAAGACUACAUUAAAGAUGAAAAUCCACACGUUCAGAAACUGAUAAAUGACUGUGAAGGAAGAUUUCAUGUCUUCAAUAAUAAACAGAAGGAUCCUGCUCAGGUUGUGAAUCUGUUAAAGAAGAUUGAUAAGAUGAUGUGGAAUAAUAAUGCUAGUUUCUACAAUGACAAAAUGUUUCAGGAGGCCGAGAGAGCAUUCAGACUCAUGCAGAUCAAUAGAGAGAGAGAAGAGGAGGUCAGACGAGAGAUGGAGGCCAUUAAAUCUAAAUAUGAGUCUGAAAUCAAAGAAAUUCAAGACAAACUAGAAGAGGAAAAAGCAAGAGUAAAAGUUAGAGAUCUUCUGCUUGUAGAGGCACAGAACAAUCGCUUAAGAAAAUGUCAGACUGGAAAAAUUACAGAGGAUGGAGUUAAAAAUGAUGAGAAUAAAGAAGAUCUGGUGAGAAAUACUGACACACAACAAGGGGCAACAGGAAGAGAAUCUGAUAAAGAUAAAAAUAAACACAAGAGAAAAAAAAUCAUAUCAAUUCUAUUAAAAGAUGCAAAACCAAGGGAAAAGUAUCAAAAGUUAAAACAAAAGGAAACCACAAGUCAAGAAGAGGAAAUUGAAGAAAUAACACCUACAGAUCAGAAUAUCAAGAAAGACACUGGCAUGUUCAGAGAAGAAAAAACCUUGCAACCAGGAGAUCCAAAGAAAUUAAAUGAAAAAAUGUAUUUGCCUAAAAAUCCUGAAGAUGAGAGAAACAUGAAUAAAAAUAAACUUUUUCUUGAGCAGUAUAAGGCAAUGGAGGAAUGCAAGUGGAAGAUGGAGGAGAUCAAGAGAAGAUAUAAAGAGAUUGAAGAGAUUCAUGAUGCAGAACUCAAGAAAAUGAAGAAAAGACAUGCUGAUAACACUACUGCCUGGCAGGGAAAUCAUGAAAAACACUGUGUGCUUCAAUAA